AUGGAGGUUGAAGAAAUAUUAGCUCUACAGGAUGUUAAUAGUAUAAUGCGCAUUGAAGGAGAAAGAAAUGGAUCUUGGAAAUUUUACAAUCAAGGCUUUUUUUAUUAUAGGCACAAUCGUGCCCAUAAUCUACAGUACCAGGAAUAUCGCUGCAUUCGAAGAAAUUGCUUAGGAUUUAUUCGAAAAAAUUUAAUUACUGCGAAUCUCGAGAUUCGUCAAGCUCAUAAUUUACAUGAGACAGCAGCGAAUGCCAGAAGUUCAAAUGACCUGAGACGAGUUUUCAAUGAAGCAUGUGCACGCUUUCCUGAUGAAGUCACACGUCAAAUUAGCUUUGAGUCAGUCCGGGUGAUGAUGUUUCAGCAAAUGACAUUACAUCGUGGACCAGUACCAGAAGACAUCGAAACUUUUGGAGAAAGAAUCGUGAACUUAAAUUUAGAAUCUGUUGAAGGAUUAUUUAGAGGAACUGUUUUUGGAACAGAUGGCUCAACAGCAUUAAUUUUUGCAUCCGAUACAAUGCUGACAGCUAUUCAAAAUGGAACUACAUUUUCGAUGGACAGUGCUUUUGAAAUUUCUGUUUCAAAUCCGAGGAUCACUCACUUUUACAGUGUACACGUGUUAUAUAGAAAUAUAGUACUUCCAGCAGUUUAUGUAUUUUCUAACUCCAAAUCCAGAGCUCUUUACAUUGCUGUAUGGCGUAGAAUUUUGGAGCUAGCUCCACAAAUGUUGAAUAAUCAAAUCACUGUACUUGGAGGUUAUGAAGCAGGGGCACCAUCUGCUCUGAAUGAAUUAAUCCCGGGUAUUGUUCAAAGAGGAAGCUGGUUCCAGUACAUUCAAUUAAUUCUCAGAAAAUGGAUACGCCUGGAAUUAAUUGAAGUUCCACGGGACAUUUUGUGGAUGUCCAUGAGCCUUGCAUUGAUUCCAGCAAACAGUUUCGCCGAAGGACUUGCACUCAUUGAAGCAGUUGCUGAUAUUGUAGCUAACGAACAUCCAAGGGUGCUGGAAUUUCUUCUUCACGUGAGGCAACAAUGGUCGCCUCGUGCUGGAAUUAUCUGUGCCUAUAAUUGCUCAAUUAGAAAAAACGAUGACAUUGAGGCAUUGAAUAUGAAUUUAAAGCAACGAUUUGCAGGAUCAACCCGAAAUGGUUUCAUGCUGCUUGAUAAAUUGAAGGAAUUUUCAAGCAAACAAGAUUUAGAUUAUGAACAUCUUCAUGGGAAUUUGAAUGUUCGACGACGCAGGCGAUCUCGUGCACUUCUUGACGACUUGCACAUUCAACAAUUGCAAGACAGUCUGCAACUGGAAAGAAUAACAAUUGAAGAAUUUUUAAGAUCGGCCAUAACCUUUAAACGAAGACAGGAGUAUGAACAACAAAUUUUCCAGAUUCGACAUGAACAGUUGUUAAUAAAUGAUGAUCCAGAAUUGGUGGAUCCGAACAUCCUACAACGGAACGAAAAUGUUGCAGAUUUGGAUGCACUUGAGGCAAGAAUGAAUCGACAAGCAGUUCGUGAAGAUGAACAGGCAGCAUCAGUUGAACCAGCAGCACCAGUUGAACCCGUAGCACAUGAUGAUCCAUUACCUCCUAAUCGUGGACGACCGAGAGGUAGAGGACAACCGAGAGGUAGAGGACGACCGAGAGGUAGAGGACGACCAAGGGACCUAGUGGAUGCUCGUAUGCUUAAUCGAGAAAUAGGUCCACAAAGACGUGCAGGGCGAAAUAGGGUUCAACCCUAUGAAGCCCCAGAAUUGGCAUUUCCGAAUGCUCUGGAAGUAGUAAGAAAUAUGGAGCAAGGUAGAUGUUGCAUCUGCAUAGAUGCGGGUCCAUCCUUUUUGAUUUUACCAUGUGCACAUUUGUGUAUCUGUAAUACUUGCCGACCACUAUUUAAUUCGGAUGUUUGCCCCGUGUGCAGGGCCGAUAUACGGGAUAUUAUCCAUGUUUUCUAUUGA